AUGGGAGUCAACGGCUGCCGUCAACUGUUUGGAUCGGUUCCAUCUGAACUCAGGAUUGUGCUGGUGGGUAAAACCGGAUCAGGAAAGAGUUCAGCGGGAAACACCAUCCUGGGCAGGGAGUAUUUUAUCAAGGCUGUUUCACCAGGAUCAGUUAUUGAGACCUGUGAGAGAGGAGAAGCACAGAAUGGUGAGCGGCUCAUCUCAUUCAUCGACACUCCAGGCCUGUUUUUUGAUACACGAAUGUCAGAAGGGAAAAUGAAGGGUGAGAUAGAGAGGUCUGUCUACAUGUCUGCUCCUGGUCCUCAUGCGUUUCUGCUGGUCAUCAGACUGGACACCAGAUUCACAGACGAGGAGAAAAACACGGAGAGAUGGAUUCGUAAGAACAUUGGAGAAGAUGCUUUAUGUCACACCAUCAUUCUGUUCACUCACGCUGAUGAUCUGAGUGGGAAAACAUUAGAUGAGUAUAUCAGAGAGAGAAGCUUUCUUCAGUCACUGGUUCACGGCUGCGGUGGCAGAUUUCACUCAUUCAACAAUCAGGAUAGAGACGAUCACAAUCAGGUCUCAGAGCUGCUGGGAGAAGAUCGAAAACAUUGCAGAGAGAAACCUGUGGGAGUACUACACAAAUGAGAUGUUUAAAAAAAUGAUUAAAAACAAGACCUUUAAUGAAAAAUUAGAGAAAACCCUAAAUAAAGUCACAGCAGGAGCUGUACCAGUAAGUGUAGGAUCCAUAGCAGCAGGUGUCUCGCUGCUAGCAGAGCCGGUCAUAGCACCAGUGCUAAUAACUGCAGGAGUUUUAAUUGCGGCUGGAGCUGCUGCAGUCUUUGUCUGGAAAAAAAACAUUUGCAAAAAAUCUGUUUAUGACAUUGUGGAUAGCAGGGAUUAAAGUUCUCCAAAAUCCACUGGAAAAAAACCUCACUGACUGAAUUCUGCACUCCCACUAAUUCUCUCAUAAUAACCAUCGAAGUGCAGAUCUGAUAUGAGCAUCAGUACUGGAUCCGUGCAUUAGGUCUUAAAGUGAUGGAAGGCCUAAUAUACCUGCUUCUGCCUAAUAUACAUUUUAUUCU